AGAGGGCCCAAAGGAGAGAUAGGAGGAAGAGCUAUGGCCAGUGAACAGAUGGCGGAGCCUCUGCUUGGGAGCGGCAAAGAAAGAGGAGACUUGGAGGAGAUCAGGAGCUUGAAGCAGUUCCUCAAACAGUGGGUGGAGGAGAACAAGAGGCUGUGGUACUUGGCAGGCCCCUCCAUCUUCACCUCCAUCUGCCGCUACUCCCUCGGCGCCACCACCCAGGUGUUCGCUGGUCAUCUCACCACCCUCGAGCUCGAUGCCGUCUCCACCGAGAACAUGGUCAUCGCCGGCCUCGCCUUCGGCAUCAUGAUGGGCAUGGGAAGCGCCCUGGAGACACUGUGCGGCCAGGCCUAUGGCGCGAAGCAGCUCCACAUGCUUGGCGUCUACAUGCAGCGGUCCUGGGUCAUCCUUCUCACCACGUGCACCUGCCUCUUGCCGGUCUACCUGUUCGCGGCGCCCAUCCUUCGUCUGUUCAAGCAGGACGCGGAUAUCGCGGAGCUCGCCGGGAGGUUCUCCCUGUACAUGAUCCCUCAGCUCUUCGCCUACGGCCUCAACUUCCCCAUAUCCAAGUUCCUGCAGGCCCAGAGCAAGGUCAUGGUCAUGGCGGUGGUGGCGGCGAUCGCCCUCGUGUUCCAUGUUUGCUUAAGCUGGCUUCUGAUAGUCCAGUUCAAGCUCGGCCUCGUCGGUGCGGCAACCUCACUCAACAUAGCUUGGUGGAUCGUAGUGCUCGCACAGUUCGGCUACAUUGCCAUGGGUUACUGCCCUGGUGCUUGGAAUGGCUUCAGCUGGGGGGCUUUCAGGGGAUUAGGAUCAUUCGCCUGGCUCUCAAUAGGAUCUGCUAUCAUGCUGUGCUUGGAGUUCUGGUACUACAUGAUCAUCAUAGUCUUAGUGGGCCGCUUGGAGAAUGCUCAGAUAGCUGUGGCCGCCGUAUCUAUCUGCACCAACAUUAAUGGUUGGGAGUUCAUGGUGUUCUUCGGAUUCAAUGUUGCAAUCAGCGUGAGGAUAUCAAAUGAGCUCGGAGCAAGAAGGCCGAGAGCAGCCAAGUUUGCGAUAGUAUGCGUCAUUAUGUCGUCGUUGACGCUGGGACUCAUCUUCUUUACCCUCGUCUUGGCUCUUAAAGAUGUGUAUGGGAUUCCCUUCACCAACAGCCCCGACGUAAUCCGUGCUGUCUCAAGUCUCGCGGUGAUCUUCUCCUUCACACUCCUCUUCAACAGUGUUCAGCCAGUCCUAACAGGUGUUGCAGUAGGAGCUGGGUGGCAAUGGUUGGUGGCUUACGUCAACAUCGGGUGUUACUACGCGUUUGGGAUUCCCGUGGGCUGCUUACUGGCGUUCCAUUUUGGCUUUGGAGUUCAGGGGAUGUGGAGCGGGAUGUUGUCGGGAGUAGUCUUGCAGACCAUGAUAAUUGUAGCCAUGACAGUGACUACAAACUGGAACAAGGAGGCAAUGGAAGCAGAUUCUCGAAUAAAGAAGUGGAGUGGUUCAAUCGAAGAAACCAGUAUGAAUUAUAGAACAUCUGAAGGACCAGAUAAUCUUGCAUAGUUCAUGGUCGUCAGUAUUAGCGAAGAUGAAUUCAAUAAAUAUUCAUUCAGUUUCCUUGCCCACGGUAGAAGGAUCGUCAUGAACAUUGGGUUUCCUGUGUUGUAGCUGUGGUCAGAAGCGGGCGGCGACCUGAUUGAGGGCUGUGGGCAUUGCAGGCGGCCGAGGGCGAUGAAGUCGUGCAUCGCAGGAGUCGGUGGUGAGGAUCUCUGCGGAACAGUGGCACAAGUGGGACUCGGCCGCGCACUUGGUCGUGGCCGAGUGCUGUACUCGGGCGUUGGUCGCGGCCAACAAUGCCGAGGGCUGUGAGGUUUCAUAACGCAUGCGAGCGACAGACAUCCGCACACAGUCGACGCCGCAAACAGCAUCGCCGUCGUUCGAUUGGGGACAGAUGGUGACGGAGGCGACGCCCAACGACGAUACAGCGUCGCGGCAGGGUUGUCCUCGGCCAAAGAUGACGCUGCAACGAGGAACGAUACUUCCCCGUGUUCCUUCGCUGGCAAUGGGCGUCGCAGUGAUGUUGGCAGCGACGACGCGUAGGACAGACGGCGGUGCAACACUGUUGAUCGCCGAUGAGGGAUUGUGCAGACGUCGUGCACGACGGAGAGCGGCGGUGAGAAAUCGCUGCAACUGCUCGAUUAGGGGAAAGCCCUAAAUUUCACCCGGUCAACUUCCCCAAUUUUAUUUUGAUAUGGUCAAAGUUCUAUUUUGAUCGAGCAAACUUAAUUUUUAACUUUACUCUCGUCGAAGUUCUAUUUGGUCAGAUAUGUCCAAAUUGGUUUUUGACCUAAUUUUGACAUGCCUUGGUUAAAUGUUUGACCAAAAUCUUAUUUUCGAUCCUGAUUUGAGAUUUUGAUUGGAUUUUCA